AUGGUAAAAGUCCUCGAGAAUCGCAUUGUAGACCUUGAUCUACUACCCGGCACAAAGGAACAGCGGGAAGCGGUGAGGCGCACGAAGCAGAAAGAAGAGGAGGACGAGGACGCGUGGUCGUCUUCCGAUGAGUACGAUCAGGGUGCACUUGCACAUGCCCAACACGCCGCGACGGCACUCUCGAGCUCAGUAGGAGGCGCUGUAAAAGGUGUUGUUGACACUGCAGGCAAUACUGUGCACGCUUUGGGCGCCGGCGUCUUCGGGACCGUGACCGGCUUGGGUAAAGGACUGGGUAACGCAGCAGCGUACAGUGGGAGCGCGAUUGGGAAGACCUUCCAGUUCGGAGACCAGCAUAGAGGCAACAAUGAGGAAUAUGAGGGAUUGUCGAGCGAGGAGACAAAGAAAGCGAAGCACGAGGCGAAGAGACGGGGAAAGUUGAGUGAGAAAGAGAGGUGGAAGUUGGAGGAAGAGGAGUUGGUAGAAGAGCAGAGGCGGUAUGAGAAGCACCGGGUGAUAAAGAUGGAGUCGAAACAUAAUUGA